AUGUAUUUCUCAAAAUCUUUCGCUGUCGCUGCCGCCUGCAGCUUGGCUUCCAUCGCCGAGGCCCACAUCUUGAUGGCAAGCCCGGUCCGCGCAACUACACCUGCUGCGACCAAUGGCCCCUUGUUGGCGGAUGGCAGCAACUAUCCUUGCCAGCUUACUCCUGGCCAAACGCUUGCCGGUGAAACAACCUCGAUGGAGUUGGGUUCACAGCAACCCCUGAACUUCAUCGGGCAGUCUGUCCAUGGAGGUGGCUCCUGUCAGGUCUCUAUCACGUAUGAUGAGAACCCGACCAAGGACAGCGUCUGGAAGACAGUCACGUCCAUUGAAGGAGGCUGUCCCGCUCAGAACGCCGAGGGCAACCUUGGUGACGACACGUCGGCUACCCUCCCAGUUCCUUUCGACUACAACUUCACAUUGCCCGACAACAUCCCUUCCGGCAAGGCAGUGCUCGCGUGGACAUGGUUUAACAAGAUCGGAAACCGUGAGAUGUACAUGAACUGCGCCUUGGUCGAUCUCACUGGCUCUUCCGGCGGCGACAAGAGCAACUACGAGGCGCUUCCGGACAUGUUCAAGGCCAACAUUGGCAACGGUUGUGAGACUGUGAACGCCAAGGACGUUACCUUCCCGGAUGCUGGAUCAAAUGUGCAGAGCUUGAACGGUGCAACAACUGAGUUUGCUGCACCCACUGGAUCUUGUGCCACUGGAAGCCCUAGCCAGCCUACUGGAGGCUCUGGCUCUGGAUCUGGUGCCAGUGUGACCGGUGAUGCAGGAAGCUCACCUACCCCGCCAGCUGCCAAUGGCGGUGCUGCCGCUCCUUCUGCAGGCGGUAUCUUUGCUACGGUUGCUACCACCGCCCCCGCUGCCCCAACCCCUACAGGCUCCAGCUCUAGCGGUUCAGGUUCCUCCUCAGGUUCCUCCUCAGGUUCCUCCUCGGGCUCCUCCUCGGGCUCGGGCUCCUCCUCGGGCUCUGGAUCUUCCAGCUCUGGAUCUUCCAGCUCCGGAUCUUCCAGCUCCGGAUCUUCCGGCUCCGGAUCUUCUGGCAGCAGCGGCUCGGAGUCCGCUGGAUCUGCCUGCACGGCCGAGGGCGACUACCAAUGUGUGAGCUCGACUUCUUACCAGAUCUGCGCCUCGGGCACCUGGUCCACCAUCAUGCCUGUCGCAGCCGGUACAUCUUGCAGUGGUAGCGGAGCCAACUUUGCGAUCGUUGCCUCAACCGGCAAGUUCAAGAUGACCCGCGCACUCCGACGUGCCAAGCGUGGUCUGCCUUCCCUUGGUUAA